AAAAGAAGAACAUAAUUCUUGUGUGUGUUUUCAACUAUGUCCAAAAGUAUUCAGAUUAAUGGCAUGUGGAGUAAACUCUCCCACACCCUAGAAAAACACAAAAACACCUGCAAAGAAUUGGCCAUCAUUAAUCACAGGCUAGUGAAGCAAAUCCAGUACUAUGAGACAAAAGCAACUCACUUAGCCAUGUUUUAUGUCAUUUUCCUGCUCAUCAUUUUCCUGUCAAAUUCAAAACCCUCACCCGUCCAAUGUAAAAACUGGUGGAAGCCUUUCUCCCUUUCCAUUUUGGUUGCACUUACAUUUGGUGCCAACUUCAUAUCAACCCUACUUAAAAGCAUCCACAUAAAAAAUGCUCUAGAUAUGAACUGGAUUGACCAAGGGCUGAGCAUUCAAAAGAUGGCUAACCUAGAGCGAGCAGCAAAAUUUGAAGCAGAAUUCAUGGACCAUCAAAGGAGCAGCAACCCUGUUAUCAAAGUUGAAACACACUCUGCAAGUUCAGAUGCAGACACUUUAGACCAGAAAGAGAACUACGUUCAAUUGCACCAUGUUAACAGUCAUGCUGCUUACUCAUAUACUGAUACAGAUGAGGAAAGUUCAGCCAGUACGAUUGGGGAUUUGCCUAGAACAUACUCAACCCUGCAGCAACAAAACGUGGAUAGAAUUUCUGUCUUUCAACAGUAUGCAAAAGCUGGAACAACUGUUUCCUUCUUGCUAGCCUACACAGUUCUGGUACUGUACGGAUGCCGCUCUUCUGUUUGUGAUGGUAACGCAUAGUUGGACACACAAGUGAACUGAUUUACAGAAAGGGGUGAUUACCAGAUCAAAGGUUUUUACCAGGCCUGUCAUCUGAAGAGUUGUUAGUGGGUGCACUCUCUACAUGAACAAAUGUUUGAAUAGUUUUAGAUUCCUUAAGUUUUGAUAUUCUAUGUACAUAGAUCGAAUAGUUUGUACAACCACUUGAAAGUUUGGGAUGCAUUUCAGAACACAGACAUGAAUGUAAAUUAUUGUUGGC